AUGGUAGAAGCUAGUGUAGUAAAUGAAGCAAUCCAAAGUUAUUUCCUGGAGCCUAAUUUAACAAUAAUUGCAGAGCCAGGACGAUUCUUUCCUGAAACGGCUUUUACGUUAGUCACACAUGUGAUUGGUAAAAGAGUUAGAGGUGAGAAAAUAGAAUAUUGGAUUGAUGAAGGUAUUUAUGGAUCAUUUAGGCCAACACUUUAUAACAGUUGCUUUGUGGGUAUCAAGCCACUUUCAGUGAAGGGAUCAGAAGAAUCUAGUCAAAUAUGUGAAUCGACCAUUUAUGGACCAAGCUGUGAUUCCUUGGAUGCAGUGGCCAUAGACAUAAAAUUGCUGGAGCUUCAAUUGGAUGAUUUGAUAGUGUUCUAUAACAUGGGUGUAUACUGA